AUGAAGCUGCAAAAUGGCAAGUGGAAUCAGUGGGAGGAAGAAUUAGAAUGUGGCAUCGAAAAAAGUAGCUUGCUGGAUGCUCUGGAAGAAUGGAACGGAUGGGUGCUGGUAGCUUUGGGCCUUUGCGGCUUGGAUCCACGCACUUUGAACAGCAACCCAGCUGCUUCCUCAUCAUUUAUGUGCCCUAUCUGGGCAUUUAUUUACUUACCGGCUUUAGGCCUCAAGCCCUUUCACCUUAUAAUAAAACGCCUGAUUGAGCAAUAA